UUUAAAUAAAUCAAACAUUGGGGUGAAUUUCUAGGUGAAUGUCUUGCCAUUCACACAAAACGAACUAUUAGGAACUGUUCUUGUGUAAAAAAACAAGCAAGCAAUAAAUUUGUUUCCAAAAACUUUUGUUUAAGUAAUAUCGCAUUAAUUUCGAUAUUGCAUUGGACAGAGUAGAAAUGCCCUCAAAGAAGAAAAAGUACAAUGCACGAUUUCCAGCUGGUCGCAUCAAGAAAAUUAUGCAGAGUGAUGAGGAAGUUGGAAAAGUUGCACAGGCGGUGCCCAUUAUAAUAUCACGAACUCUGGAGCUCUUCGUGGAGUCACUUUUGACCAAAACAUUGCGCAUAACAACAUCACGUAAUGCGAAAACUCUUUCUCCAUCCCACAUGAAACAGUGCAUAAUGUCGGAGCAGCGUUUCGACUUCUUGAAAGAGCUGGUGCGGAAUAUACCAGACAUCAGUGUGGCGGAGGAGGCGUGCAACUAUAAUGAGGACGAUGUGCACAGCUCAGAGGAGCAAUAUCCUGACUCAGAUACUCCCUACGACCUAAGCCUGCCAUCGACUUCGUUACGCGGAUUGCACCACAACGGCAAUAGCAACAGCAAUAAUAGCAGUAACACUUAUGUGCGAUCUGUAAGCUUAAACGGCGUUGGCCUGAAACGUCACCAUAACCCACCCCCAGCCCCCACUCCGUCAGUUAUAAUGCAGACAGCAGCCUUGGCACAAAUCCAGCAACAAGCGAGGCCCUUGCCCGCCAAAUUGGCACGCUCCGAAUCCACGCCUGCAUACACUCCACGCGGCAGGCCGCCAAACAGCAGCAGCAAUAACAGUGUCCACUACAAUAGUAGUAGUAGACAAAUGCAAAUGCAAACGCCAGAAACUGCCAUACCUGCACCGAUCUGCAGCUACGAUGUGCUGAACAAGCCAAUUGUCAAGAUCGAUUAUAGCAACGUGCAAAUGCCAACGACAACAACUACAGCGGAUGCGGCGGAUAGCGGCAGCGCAGCAGCGGAUACGACAUUUAACUUUGAUAUUGCAGCCCCAGUUAUAAACAUUGAUCUAACAAAUAUUGUAGCGGCGGGCACAACAAUCAGCCAGCCGACUGCAAAGAUCUGCUACGGCUUGCUGUCGGAGGACAAUACCAGUGUCAGUGUCAGUGUUGGUGGUAACAAUAACUCAAUCUCUAAAAUUGCAUCGUCUGUCAACUGUAUCGGUGGAAAGAGCAAAACUACUCCAAUCAUUCCAAAGGCCUCAUCGGCACCAGCGCCAAUCACUGAAUCGCUAUUUGAAUUAGACGAAGACUAUGACAACAUUUAAGUAGAAUUUGUAAAUAUGCGCUUAUAAAUUAUUAAUGCAUUAUUGUGUACUUUUAGAAAUAAGUAAAAAUCCCAGCCUCUUUCCACUAUGUGAGCAUCAUAUAUACAUUUCACAUUUGACAAUCCGUCACUGCAAAUAUGGAACAAAAUGAGAAAUGAUGUUCUAAUGUGAGUUUUUACAUUUUAGGCAAUCUAACAUUUCAAAUGCUUCCAAUGGAAAGUCGACUUUUCACAAUUGCUUCUGCUUGUGAUAAUUUUUUUUUUAUUUCAAAAUGCCAUUUUGACAUCUUUGCCUGGUAAAUGAAAUCGUCUGGCAAAUGUAGACUAGCCCAAGUCUGGAAGUCUAAUAGGUCGUGAAAUUUUGUAAAAGAAAAAAUAAAUUUAAUUCUGCUCAAAGUGGCAAGAGACUGUAGACACAGUAAAUAUUUUGGCAAAUAAAGACCACUACGGAUUUUAAA